AUGGUGGUGCUGCUUUUGGGGUUCAAUAACUACAUUCCUCGCUAUGCAACUGCGAGGGGUCGAGCCAUACUCGGAGUUGUGAAUUAUGCAUCAGCAGUUGCUGGAAUCAGAGAUGAAACUGGACAGCAAUUGGGUGCAAGAAUUAGUUUUGGUGGGCAGGUAAACAACUACAAGAACACAGUAUCACAAGUCGUGAACAUACUAGGGGAUGAAAACACUGCUGCAAAUUAUCUCAGCAAGUGCAUAUACUCACUUGGAAUGGGCAGUAACGAUUACCUCAACAACUAUUUCAUGCCUCAGUACUACUCGUCUAGUCGCCAAUAUACGCCUGAACAAUUUGCCGACGUUCUUAUUCAACAAUAUUCCCGGGGAAUAAGGGCUUUGUACAAUUAUGGAGCAAGGAAAUUUGCCUUAAUAGGAGUAGGCCAAAUUGGAUGCAGCCCAAAUGCAUUGGCCCAAAAUAGCCCAGAUGGAAGAUCAUGUGUACAAAGAAUUAACAAUGCAAAUCGGAUUUUCAAUACCAAGCUCAAGUCUCUGGUGGAUGUACUCAACAGGAAUCUAACGGACGCAAAGUUCAUCUACAUUGAUGCUUAUGGCAUUUUCCAGGAUCUGAUCAGUUUUAGGGUUAUGAAAGCUGGAUGUUGUGGUGUGGGGAGAAACAAUGGCCAAAUAACAUGCCUUCCUUUUCAAAUUCCAUGCCGAAAUAGGAAUGAGUAUUUAUUUUGGGAUUCUUUUCACCCAACUGAAGCAGCAAAUAUCAUUGUGGGGAGGAGGUCAUACAGCGCUCAAUCUCCUUCGGAUGCAUAUCCAUUUGAUAUUCAUCGCUUGACACAACUUUAA